UACUGCCUGCAGGCUACUCUGUCAACACCAAGCACAGCACCAGGCAGCCUGCCAGCUCACAGGCAUCAACAUCAUAACUAUGCCUGGCACCACAACAGGCAAGAAGCUGGAUCUCUCCAAGCUCACAGACGAGGAGGCCAAGCAUGUUUGGGAAGUCGUCCAGCGAGACUUUGACUUGAGGAAGAAGGAAGAGGACAGACUUGGGGAACUAAAGACCAAGAUUGAAAAAGAAGACACCAAGAGAGAGCUGCUGGGCAACCAGACCAGCCUGACUGAAUCACACUGUAUUCGAUGUCUCCAGCCCUUCAAGUUCCUGGUUAACAGCAAGCGUCAGUGUCUGGACUGCCAGCUGUACAUAUGCAAGUCCUGCAGUCUUUACAACAAGAAGGAGCAGGGCUGGGUGUGCGAUCCCUGUCGCAUGACCAGGAUCCUCAAGAUUGGUACUUUGGAGUGGUACCAUGAAAAUGUCCGUGCCCGCUUUAAGCGCUUCGGCAGUGCCAAGGUGAUGAGAUCUCUUUUCAAGAGGUUGAGCGGAGAACCCAGUUGCUCCCAGAAUGACCUUGAAGAGCCUCAUGAAUACGAUACACAGAGCAUACCGGAGGUCCACGCAGAUGGGAAUGAGGAAAACAGUAUGGACACAACAGAUUCACAACACUACAAGGGGAUGAAAAAGGCCAAAAGGCGGCUAACUGUCGAUCCCUUUGAUUUUGAACCGGGCUUUGACAACUUCAUCAAUUCAAGAGGACGGCCAAACCAGGCCCCAGUCUCCCAUAACAUCAUGGACAUGGAUGUAGGUGAGAGGGAGUCAAUGCUUGCUGAGGCCGAUAUGGCCUCUGUUUUCCACCAGAUUUUGGAGGAGCAACGCAAAGGUCUGGAUCUGGGAAUGGCUCCACAGCAAGAUAACCUUGCAUACCCAGACAACCAACCUACUCCAUCUCACUCCAUCUCCCAGCUCAGUUACUCCUCAUGUGGCAGUGGAAGUGCUUGGGGCCCCCGGGGCAGCAGCAGCUAUCUGCCCGGCCCCGAUGACUUAGAGGAAGAUGACCACUGCCAGCACUACCCUCUCUACCAGUCUCAUCUGGGCCACUGCAGCCACACCUCCCAGGAGAGCCUGAACUCACCAAAACCUUCGCCACAGAUCACUGACCUGAACAGACGCAUGUCAGCCAUUGAGACCCUCUUGAACCACUUAGAGCAGAAGGUCACCUCAACGUACGACGAGACCAGUCAGGCUCCUCUGACUCCAAACAGCACCUCUCCUCUUCCUCAGUGGGAGGAAGUGGACUUAGAAGAGCAGCAACUGAGACAGAAGCUGCACGAAAUGACAGACAACAUCAGUGACCAUGGCCUAACCUCUGAUGAGGACGAGCCCAGCAGACCACACUCCUCCCAAGAAAUCCCAGCAUGGAGAGGCCCACAGGGAGAUGCAAAGCCCACCAAAAUACCUACCAGGCCCUCAUCCAGAACAAGCAUUGUUCUCUGCAGACUUGAGGAGGAGCAACCUCGGCUGACUGACUCUCAGAAGUCAACAGAGAGCCUGGAAAGGAAGUUGCACCCUCUAGAGGAGGGAUCAAAGGCAAGCUUUAAAGGCUCAACAGCCUUACUGGUUGAGCUGGAGGACCAGGUAGCCCAGGCAGCUGCCAACGUCCAGAACGCCCAGAGUGAGGUCUCUUACAUAGAGAACAGGAUUGCUGCCCUGAAUGCUGCCGGCAUGCCAGUGGAUAAAAGAAGGUCUGCGAUCCCAAUCCAAGCAAGAAGACUUUCCCACAACUUUCCCACAAGCCAGGUGGACAGGUUUGUGAGGAACUCCCUCUACAGGGGCUCCCUGACUCAGAGGAACCCAGUGGCCAAGCCCAAGACCAGGGCUACCUUCCCCCAGAAGAACUAUGGAGUCCCCAGCCGGCACCCCUGCCAGGACACCACCCAGAGACUCCAAGAAGGCCGGGUACUCUGUACUGCUGUGCGGUGCGUACACACUAACAGUCAGAGACCUUCUCUUCAAGACGAGACAACCCUCUCAUUCUUCGCGGAGAACCCCAACAUGGCGGCGCUCAGCCAAGGGCUUGUGAGUAUCCCCACAACCGCCAAGUGCCUCUCAUCGUGGGCAACUCUGGAAAAAGGGAGAGUCCAGCCCCUCUCCAGGAGUUUAGUUCCAGAACCAGUGCUGUGUGUGGAGGUAAGCCCCACUAUAUCUAGUUGGUACCACUCCACCUCCAGCACCAGCUCCUGGUGGGCCCACAGGGUGGCGGCUCCAUGUUACUCAUUUGGGCUGAGCCUGACCGGCCACCAGACACUCGCCGGCGAGCUCCCCCACAGGUCUGGCUCCAAAGGGGGGGCCCCAGUGUCCCCAUACCGGGCGAGGUACUCGUUCCCCGAAUGUGCCGAGUCACUGAGGUCUUUUUGA